AUGAAUAAAUCAAUCUAUGAAAUAUCAUUAACAUUACCAAAUGAACAGUAUCUGAUGCAAUCAAUGAAUAAUACACAAAUAUCAUAUUCAUCUUCUCCUUUCACUUGUAUUCAUCAUGAGUUUGUAUAUCAAGUAGUGAAACAUCCACAAAAACUAGCAGUUGAACUAGAUGAACAAUCAUUGACAUAUUGUGAACUUUUUGCUUAUGUUCAGAUGUUAGCUGUCCAUCUUUUAGAUGAAUAUGGUAUCAUUCCAAGUGAAGUUAUCUCGCAAUGUGUGGAACGGAGUCUAUCUAUGAUCAUUGGCAUGAUGGCAAUUGAGAUGGCUGGUGGUAUAUAUUUUCCAUUGUCAUUUCGAGAUCCAGUAAAUCGUCUGCAUAUGCUUUUACAACAAACACAAAGUCGUCUUAUUCUUUUCCAUUAUCUGACAAAAAAUAAAUUUAACGAUAUUAUCACUAUGUUAAACAUUGAUUUCAUAUUGGUUAAUAAUAGUUUAUUUCAACAUAUUAAUAUUGAUCAAUUAUCAUCUGUUCAUGUGACUAUCAAUAACAUAGCCUACAUUAUAUUUACAAGUGGUUCGACAGGAAUGCCAAAAGGGGUUCAAGUUCGACAUAGGAAUUUCUUUCAAUGUAUCUAUUCUCUAGUGUGUAUUGAUUCAUUUACUAACAAUGAUACAGUGAUUCAAAUGGCAAGAUGUUCGUUCGACAAUCACAUUCAAGAAAUUAUUGGUUCAUUGAUAAUUGGAGCUACAAUAAUCAUGCUUCAUCCAAGAGGAACUGUUGAAUUGAACUAUCUUGCUGAAAUCAUGAGAAACAAACAAGUUACUUAUAUGCACUCUGUACCAAGUUUACUUGGCAACUUUUUCACUUUCCUUAAACAGAAUAAUUGUUUACAUUUUGUAAAAUAUCUCAGAUCACUUUGUACUAUCGGUGAGCCAUGUUCUAUCAAGUUAGCCAAUUUAAUCCUCGCAGAUCCUACACAGCAUUUUAUUUUUUGGAAUUGGUAUGGUUUAACCGAAACUACUGUUAUUUGUACUUUCUAUCCCGUAAACAUUAAAGUCAAUACAGACAGUAUUCCAAUAGGACGUUCAUUUCCUAAUUAUCGCCAUUUGCUUUUGGAUAAUUUCCUACAAUCUGUCAUUAUUAACCAAGAAGGUGAAUUACUUAUAGGAGGUGUAGGUAUUUUUGCAGGUUAUCUUGGUCGUGAUGAUUUGACAAAUAGAGGACUAAUUGAAAUUGAUGGUGAACUAUUUUAUCGAACAGGUGAUCUUGUUCGAAUGGAUUAUAAUGGACUUCUUUAUUGUGUCGGUCGAAAGGAUUUUCAAAUUAAAUUACACGGACAACGAAUUGAACUUGGUGAAAUCGAAAGAUGUUUACUUAACAUUACAUCCAUCUCUGCUUGUGUUGUCAUGAAAUGGAAUGAUGACCAUCUAGUUGCUUAUGUUCAAUCUUCUUCUCAUAUGAAUGAAGAACAACUACGUCAACAUUCUCAAUCUUAUCUUCCACCACAUAUGAUACCAUCAAUAUUUAUUAUUCUUGACAAAUUACCUUUAAACCAAAAUGGAAAAGUUGAUCGAAAACUUCUUCCUUCACCUCACUUCUCAUCUAUACAUCUCGCAAACAAUAUCAAACUAUUACUACCAACAAAUGAUAUUGAAGUUAGUGUUCAUCACAUUUGGUGUGAUAUACUAAAACAAAAACAAAUCUCAGUCGAUAAAGACAUCUUCAGUAUCGGUGGUCAUUCACUUGUUAUUAUGAAAUUACUUCAUCGAUAUAAAGUAGAAUUUCAUUUAGAGAAUAGUUCUCUUUUAAUUACUGAUCUAUUUCAACGUCCAACCAUUAUUGAUCAUGCUAAAGUUAUUCAUCAAAUCAGCAACAUCAAACAGAAUAUUCACGAUUGUCGAUGGCUUUCUUUAUAUCUUACUCAAGCUCCAGUAUCUUAUGCUCAGGAACGUAUUUUCUUAGAUGAGCAAAUCCGAUUUUCGCCAGCUGAUAAUAAUACUAACAUAUAUGUUAUUCCAUUAAUUUAUCGUCUUCUAUCUGUGAAUGAUCAUAUAUCAAUUUCACGACUACAACAUGCAUUUCAAAGUGUUAUCACAAAACAUACUAUUCUUCGAACAGCACUUUAUCUUGAUAUCGAUGGUGUCAUUGUACAAGAUUGUCAAAACGCGAGUGUUCCGAUUGAUGAUAUCGAAACAUAUAGAUGCUCAAUAGUAAAUAUUUCUGAUGAUGACCAUGGAAAAAAUGAAAUUGUGAGGAAAAUACUAAAUCAAGCUGAUUUAUUUGAUUUAUCAAAAGGACAUGUUAUCAAUUGUCAUAUUCUUCGUCAAUAUCAGUCUAAUCAUUCAUUCACCCACAAUAACAAUCUUUUAACUAAAGAUGAUCUAAUACUAUUUACCAUUCAUCAUGCAAUGUUUGAUGGAACAUCAGUAUCAAUCUUCGCUCGUGAUCUUUCUCUUGCUUAUCAAUCUGAUGACGCAUUAUUUAUGGAAGAUAACUCGCUGGAAUAUAUGGAUUAUUCUGUUCAUGAGCAUAUCAUGGAUAUGUCAUUAUCUCGUGAAUUCUGGCAUUCUCAACUUAAAAGAUACAAUAUCGAAUGUUCAUUAUCAUUACCAGUUGAUCGACAACGUUCAUCAAUUGAUCAUCAACGAUCAGGGUUAGCUUCUUCAGCUCAAAUCACUUUUGAUAAUGAAAUAUGUGCAUUAUUUCUAAACUAUGCAUCAUCACAUCAUCUCACACUUUUUCAACUUGGAAUAUCUGUAUUCUAUAUCUUCCUUUACAAAUUAACUCAUGGUCAAACUGAUCUAUGUAUUGGUUCUAUUAAUGCUAAUCGAUACCGAAGUGAAUUAGUGAACAUGAUUGGAAUGUUUGUAUCAACAUUACCAUAUCGUUUAGAAAUCGAUUCUCAUUGGUCAUUUGAUGAAGUAGUUAAACAUGUACGAGAGAAAUGUUUAUCAAUUCUUGAACAUUCUCAUUAUCCAUUACAACAUAUUCUUGGUGACAAUCGAUUAAAUCAAUCGAAUAUAUCGUUUCUUGAGACAAUGUUUGAUUUUAUUACUGUGUCAGAAGAUAUGGGAUAUUUAUGUUUGAGUGAUGCAAAUUUAGAACGAAUAUCAUUAGAACAAUCAGCUGAAGUGUCGAAAUUUGACUUCUCAUUAACAUUUGAAUACAAUCCAUUAUCAGAUAACAAGAGAUUAUCAUGUGGUUUUGUUUGUUCACAUGAUCUGUUUGAAAAAUCAACUAUUUCAAAAAUGGCUCAAAGAUUUCAGUAUAUGUUUGAGCAACUGUUUCAAACACAAUCAAAGAACAUUCCUGCGAUGAAUGUGAGUUCAUCGAUUAAUAAACUAUCUCUUAUUCUUCUUGAGGAAGCUGAAGAAAUGGAAUCAAUCAUGUUUCAUCGACUGCAGAAUAUUAUGAAUGAAGCACCGGCAUCAUUUGCACAAGCUCUACUAUGGCAUAAUGAAUCUAUUUAUUUUACUCCUAACAUAUCACAAGUGCCAAUCCACAACAUGCCUUUUGUUUAUUCUCUCCACUCACAUCAUACAUUAUCAGUACAGCAUCUUCAUCAUGCUCUUCAACAAAUUGCCAUAAAACAUGAAUCUCUUCGAACAUCACUCAUCUUUCACACAGAAAACAAUCGAGUCAUACAAAAAAUCAUCGAAUUCAACCAAAAUCACAAUACAUUAUUUACAUUUGUUGAAAGCACUUAUACAACACAUGAGCAACUCAGUGAUAUUAUGCAUGAAGAAAGACAUAAUCCUCAACUUUUUGAUCUUGCUCAAGGUCUUGUCUUUCGAUGUCACCUUGUUUACUACAAACAAAUCUCUUUAGAGCACCUUCUUUCUGACAAAGAUCUGAUUAUUUUCAAUUUUCAUCACGGUUUAUUUGAUUUCCUAUCAAUGAAAGUAUUUCUUCAGGGCCUCAGUCAAGCAUAUACAACAGGCCAAUUAUUAUAUAACAAUAACACUCUUCUACGUUACCUUGAUUAUGCUGUUAUUGAACAACAAAUGGCAAUGACUGGUGCAAGCAUGUUUUGGCUUGAUGCUCUUCAUGAUUGUAAACUUGAUCAGCCUUUAUCAUUACCAUUUGAUCGAUAUCGUCUCUCAAAUGAACAUCGAACUGGCCGUGAAACAUCUAUUUCAUUUGAUUUUGGUCAAGAUCUUUCACGUGAUUUUCUUACUCAUGCAUCAUCAAACAACAUAUCACCUGAACAUCUCACAUUUACUAUUUAUUUCAUCUUUCUAUUUAGAUUAACCAAUGGACAAACAGAUCUAUGUCUAGCUAUGAACAUUCAUAAUAAUCGAUAUAGAGAUGAACUCAAAUCAAUCAUUGGACUGUUUGAGAAUGUCAUUCCAUUACGAUGUCAAUUAGAUCCACACUGGUGUUUUCAUCAGUUACUCGAACAUGUUCGAGAGGUAACAACA